AUGCAGCCGGCCAUGAUGAUGUUCUCCAGCAAGUACUGGGCCAGGCGGGGGCUCUCCCUGGACUCGGCCAUGUUUGACCAACACCAGCAUCAGCGCCACACCGGGGGUCAAAUGUCCCGUCGGUCGUCCUUCUGUCCCAUCAACGAGAAUCCGGACAAAGAGAGCAGCGAGGAGUCUGGGAAGACAGCUGUGGUCUUUUCUCUGAAGAACGAGGUCGGCUACUUGGUCAAAGCCCUGAGGGUAUUUCAGGAGAGGCACGUGAACCUGAACCACAUCGAGUCCCGCAUGUCCAAGCGCAUCGCCAACGAGGUGGAGAUUUACGCCGACUGCAGCUGCAGCAAGAAAGAUUUCAACGAGCUCCUGCAGCACCUCAAAGACCACGUCAACAUCAUCUCCUUCAACACCCCUGCCCACGUCUGGUCCACAGAGGCAGUCUUUUGUGAUUUGUCCCCUUUCUUUCCCUUCAUCCUAGACGGAGAAGACGUCCCGUGGUUUCCGAUGAAAAUCUCCGAGCUGGACCAGUGCUCUCACCGGGUGCUGAUGUACGGAUCAGAGCUGGAUGCUGACCAUCCCGGCUUUAAAGAUAACGUCUAUCGGCAGCGGCGAAAAUACUUUGUGGAAGUGGCGAUGAAUUAUAAAUUCGGGCAGCCCAUCCCUCGUAUUGAGUACACCCCGGAGGAGAUAAGGACUUGGGGUGUGGUUUUUAGGGAGCUAACCAAGCUGUAUCCCACCCACGCCUGCCGGGAGCACCUGAACAACCUGCCCCUGCUCACCAAGCACUGUGGCUACAGAGAAGACAACAUACCACAGCUGGAGGACGUGUCCCUGUUUCUGAGGGAGAGGUCUGGCUUCACGGUGCGUCCAGUAGCAGGUUACCUAUCCCCCAGAGACUUCCUGGCUGGUCUGGCCUAUCGAGUCUUUAACUGCACCCAAUAUGUCCGCCACAGCACCGACCCUCUCUACACACCCGAGCCGGACACGUGCCAUGAACUACUGGGUCACGUGCCACUUUUAGCCGAUCCGAAGUUCGCUCAGUUCUCACAAGAAAUUGGUCUGGCGUCUCUAGGAGCGUCUGAUGAGGAUGUACAGAAACUGGCAACGUGCUACUUUUUCACCAUUGAGUUUGGGCUCUGCAAACAGGAGGGUCAGUUAAGAGCUUAUGGGGCCGGUCUGCUGUCCUCUAUUGGGGAGCUGAGGCAUGCCCUGUCUGAUAAGGCCUGUGUGAAGAUGUUUGACCCACGGACCACCUGCUACCAGGAAUGCCUCAUCACAACCUUCCAAGAUGUCUACUUUGUCUCGGAGAGCUUUGAAGAAGCCAAGGAGAAGAUGCGGGAGUUUGCCAAGAUGAUAAAGAGGCCCUUCUCCGUGUACUAUAACCCUUACACCCAGAGCAUCGACCUGCUGAAAGACACGAGAAGCAUCGAAAACGUAGUCCAGGACCUCCGAAGCGACCUCACCACCGUGUGCGAUGCCCUGGGCAAGAUGAACACGUACCUGGGCAUAUGA